AUGCAUCUCUUUCCUUUUGCCUGGAUCUCCUACUCACUUACUUCAUCACCUACUCCCUCUAUCAAAAGAACUUUGAUACUAACUCCCCUCGCCUUGACAGCAACAAUACAAAUCCCACCAUCCUCAACGCUAGCAGUAGUCAUCCCUAUCGCAACUACAGGCACUACAGACUACACUACCAUUACUUCUUGCGCAGAAAGCAUUGCUGGAUGUCCUGCUACUGCCACUGCUAGUCAAGAGCCAGUACAAACUACUAAUGCGGUUUCUGUGCUUUCGUCUGCGUUGGCGACGUUUCCUAGCAGUUUGUUGCCAAAGACGACGUAUUCUUUUGACUUCACCACGAGGACUUCGGUGGUCGGGAGUGGGAGUACUUCUGCUUCAACGUCGGCGACCAGUUCUGGAGGAUUGCAGACAUCUACGAUUGUGGUUAGUGGACAACAAACCGUGACGUUGUUGUCUAGUGGAGGAAGUUUGAUUUCGUUGUCUGCCACUUCUGCGACCUCGACUUCUGCGGCACCAAACCCGACAACGACACUUUCAACGACUUCAACGAAAUCAUCUACUUUGACGACCUUGAUCACUACUUCAACCUCAACAUCUACUUCCUCAUCAUCUUCAGCAUCUUCUUCAGCCUCUGAAUCCAGCAUCACUUCCUCCUCAACUACGCAAACAUCAACCCGCCAGUCGACAACGACUCACUCGGGUACGGCAACAAAUACAGUAAAACCUGCUACUACCACUGCUGCACCGCCUAUUAAUGCUGCUGUGAGGGAUAGUAGUCCUUCUGCAAUUCUGGGGAUGUUGGUGCUUUUUGGUGUAACAGUUGGUCUGCUGGUUUGA